AGUCAGUGGCGGAAGCAGGAAGCUGGCAGGGUCCAGAGUGACGUCACGGCCGGGUUGUGGAGCUGUCCGCAGGGGAUCCAUGGAUUGUACGACCUCGGGGCAUGAGAAACGAGUGAGGGGCGGCCGGUGGCCACGGAGCAGAUGUAACAGUGGAUUCCCCAUAAGAGAUCGUAUUCUUCUGUCAAUGUAUCUGGGUCUGUAGGACAGACACCAAUGUGAUUGGAUUAACAGCAUUUCAAGAUGAGCGAAGACAAGGGAGAAUAUGACUUUUAUAUUGGGCUCAUAUUGGCGAUCAGCUCCAGUUUUUUCAUUGGAGGAAGCUUCAUCCUAAAAAAGAAAGGACUUCUCCGGCUGGCUAGGAAGGGCUCUAUGAGAGCAGGUCAAGGAGGUCAUGCAUACCUUAAAGAAUGGCUGUGGUGGGCUGGACUUCUGUCAAUGGGAGCUGGAGAAGUUGCAAACUUUGCCGCGUAUGCUUUUUCACCAGCUACUCUUGUGACACCCUUAGGAGCUUUGAGUGUACUGGUCAGUGCCAUCCUUUCCUCAUAUUUCCUUAAUGAGAAAUUAAAUCUGCAUGGAAAGAUCGGAUGUUUGCUGAGCAUAUUGGGAUCAACUGUGAUGGUUAUCCAUGCCCCUCAGGAAGAGGAAAUUCGGAAUUUAAGUGAAAUGUCCAUUAAAUUAGCGGACCCAGGUUUUGUGCUCUUUGCAACAGCAGUUAUCAUUGUAUCACUGAUUCUCAUUUUUGUGGUGGGACCAAGUCAUGGACAAUCCAAUCUUUUGGUGUAUAUUUCCAUCUGCUCGGUCAUUGGAGCCCUUUCUGUUUCCUGUGUCAAAGGAUUAGGAAUUGCUAUUAAAGGAUUCUUUGCUGGAGAGCAUGUCCUGAGGAAUCCCUUGGCCUGGAUCUUAUUGGUCAGCCUUAUAGUUUGUGUAAGCACUCAGAUAAACUUUCUAAACCGAGCUUUGGAUAUAUUUAACACCUCCCUAGUGACUCCAGUUUACUAUGUGUUCUUUACCACCUCAGUGCUUACAUGCUCUGCCAUCCUGUUCAAAGAAUGGCAACAUAUGGCUGCUAAUGACAUGAUUGGGACCUUUAGUGGCUUCUUAACCAUUAUUAUCGGCAUCUUUUUAUUGCACGCCUUCAAAGAUGUUUCUUUCACCUUGUCCAGCCUUCCGGUUUCCCUGAGAAAAGAUGAACGAAUCGUGAAUGGGAAUCUAUCCAACAAUAUCUAUGAACACUUAAAUGGGAACGAGGAGAGCAGCUCUCUUCUGUGUGAAAAUGAGAUUCUGAUAAAUGAGAAUACAGCUUCUCGCCGCAGCGGAAAUCUGGCAUCCUUUUAAAGUGAAAUGUGGUUCUCUCCACUACUGGCAAACCUCAUACACCAUGAAUAAUUAACAUUUUAAUUGCCAGUAACCUUUUACUCAGUGGCGUCAUGUAAUAAGGUGUGGCCCCCGCUGUGUUGCUCUCCAUUGUUUGGACCAAAUGGCUUUUUCAAGGCAUUUUAAACCUAAGAAACGUCAGCAACACGCCCAACUCUGCUUCAAAACCAUUGACGGUAAAACAAACAUCAGAGUUAGGCCCCUUUCACAUUAGCGGACCGUUUGUCCGUUUAUAACAA